GAGUGAGUGGGCUGGGCAAUUCUAUCUCUUAAUAAACAGAGAACAAAUCGUGAAAUAUCCACUAAAGAACGCUGAAUUGGGCGUACUUCCUUUCUGAAGAUCUCAGGUGAGACGCAGGUACGAGUGUGUCAUUAUUUACUGUUCCAACCAACAAGUGCAUUGGAGCAAAACAAAACUCUGAUAGAUUUCUUCAGGAGACCUAUUUAAUUCAACAAAAGCAGUACAGCUCCCACCGUCCUCACCUUAUCAUGGCUGCAUCUGCCGGUGACAGUGGCAUGCUGGAGGAAGAGUUGACAUGUCCCGUGUGUCUGGAUCUUUACCGUGACCCCCACAUGCUUCCCUGCGGCCAUAACUUCUGCCUGCCGUGCCUGCGUAGGCUCAAGAGCCGCUCUGACCGCGGCCGUUUGCGAUGCCCGGAGUGCCGUCAAAGCCAUAGGAGCUCCGCCAACUGGCAGAAGAACUUCAAGCUGGCCAACAUUGCUGACAGUUUCCGGCAACGCGGCCAAUCGGAGUGCUCCAACCAAAGCCAGAGCGACUCUUCUCGCAGACUGGCUGAGGUGCAUUGCGAUUACUGCCCAGUGGAGGCUGGCGAAGAUAGGAAAGGUGGUAUGGCGGUGAAAACCUGCCUGAAGUGUGAGGUGUCAAUGUGUCCAAAGCAUCUUCAACCUCACCUGGAGCUCCCGGCAUUCCGAGAACACCCGCUGGUGGAGCCACUGGAUGACAUGAGGAAAAGGAAGUGUGUGGAACAUGACGAGAUGUUCCGCUACUACUGCUUGGACGAACGACUGUUCCUCUGUAACGCCUGCACCAUAGAGGGAACGCAUGACAGACAUUCCAUCAAAACUCUGAAGAACGCCAUGAAAGAUCUUAAGGGAUAUCUUGACAUUCAGCUGCUCAAGGCAAACAGGAAGAUCAGAAGGGUGCACAAAACCCAUCAGGAACAAAAAGAAAUUGAACGGCAGAACAAGGUGUACCUGGAUGAUACAGACCAGCACCUGCACACUUUCCGAGAGAUUUCCAUCGCACAUCUGGAUGCGUUUCUCUCAUCGCUGCGCGAGUGUGUCAGCACGUAUGAUGUGGAGCAGUGUUCUGGACUCCAGCAGAAUCUGAGCCGGAUAGCACAAGAUCAGACUCGUCUGCAGGAGGUCCACGUGGGCCUUGAGAGGCUUCUACAGGAGAAUGACCCAUUCCAGUUCAUUAGGGAUUACAAUUCAUCGGUGAAAAGGUACCGGAGACAGCUGAUAAAGCCUCUGUUCCUCCCUGAUGAGCCCACAGUCGACAAUGAGCCACUGUAUGAAACUAUGGAAGGAAAGAUGGGGGAUUUCAUUGCUGAAAUGCGGCAGCACACCACCACACUCAUUAACACAGUCUGUGAAUUUGAUGGUGGAGAUGGUGAGGAGGAUGAUGAUGAAGAAGAAGAGGAAGAUGUUGAAGACAGCUUCGAUGAAGACAAUGACAGCAGCAGUGAUAUAGAGGGUGAGGAGGAGAUGAGGAAUGAGGAAGAAGAAGAGCAGAACCACAGCGAGUCAGCAGAUGAAGAGUACACUCCAGAGGAGGAAGAUGAUGAAUAGUACUGCGCUGCUGUCACUCUCUUUAGUUUACAGAGCCAAAGACUGACCUCAAACCAGCCACAAUCUCAUGUGUUCUCACACAGUGCAUUUAAGAUGCACUGGACUGCCAUUUGAAGUGUGAGUCUCUCUGUGUGUGUGUCUGUCUGUCUGUGCAUGCACAAAGAGAGUGAGAGAGAGAGGGAGACAUAUUUUUGGUAGAAUGUUUAUAUUGUUAUUUAAGAAGAGAAUAAGAACGAAAUGUAUCAUGAAAAAUGUAAUUCCACAAUGUCAGUUUGACAUGAAUUCUAGCCAUGAAGUGAACAUCUGUCAGUAUAUUUAAGAGAAUGGCUUGUGUGUUGAACUAGAGAUAUAAAAAUAAAUAAAAAUAGUUUAUAUGUUUUUGACAGUAUUAUUUGUUUGAGGGAAAAUAAAAAAAUAAAUUCCAGUUGGACAUGUUUAAAAGCUCAGGGUAUGAAUGUUAACAGUUGGCACUUUGGGAUUGGCUUAAUUUGGACUUUAUUUUGGUGAUUUGGUGGUUUUCUUUUUCUUGUUUUUCUGUCAAGACGUUUUAAAAACAAAAAAAAAAUAAUUUUAGUGUCUUUUCAAGAAGAGGUGAUGUGUUGGGAAAUAAUAUGCAAUAAAGUAGAGUUUAUUUAAUAACAAUUGCGUGGUGCAAUUUAAUUUAAUUAAUUACUUUUUUUUUUUUUUAAACAUCCUGGACAAUAUUUUAUCAGUACAGGAGCUUUAAAUCAGCUUCUGUCUGCCUAAAUUAUUAAAAUUAAGUGAAAUAAUCAGAGUUUUAAUUGCCAAAGUGUUUAAUUUUUUUAUUUAUGAGCUUUUGUCUGCAGUGAUAGAAAAAAUGAUUUAUAAAAACAUUUUUUUUUUUAUUUAUUUUUUUAAUAUUUGAACUUGUUAGUAAUAAAUAUUUCAAUUCGUGCAAUCCAUUGGAAAAUGUUACGAUUGUAUUGUCCACAACAACAAGUCAGCACUACAUUGCUUUUGCUUAAAUUGAUCCAGGAAUUUCUUGACCAAAUUGGAGAAAAACAGUGUAACAGCACAUGAAACAAUAGAGGGUGACUGUGGUCCAUACUUAGUGUUCCAAACCAGGUCUCUACUAAAUACUGUAUGGUCAAAGAUAACCAGAAUUUGUGUGUUGGUUAUUUCUGUAAAUGUGUUAAUCUCAGUUCUUAUUUGGAUUAGCGCCGUGGUUAUGGUUGUGUACAUGUAUGUGGUUGUGCAGCCCUCACACAUUUACACCCCCAUACAUGGAGACAUUCCCAGGUCAUAUUUCACCCUAAAAUCAAAAAUUAAUUGUAUUUUCUUAACAAAUGUCAAGCCUAUUUUUAGGACCAUUAUGAUUUAUUGCACUGUGAAAUUACGUUCAUUUAAAAAAAAUAAACAAUUG